UGACCUUCACGUCCCCAAGGUCAACACCGGGUUCUCAUGGCCCGUUCGCUGACUUUUGUCACUGGUAACCCAAAGAAAUUGUCUGAAUUCUUGAAAAUUGUCGGUGAGGAGUAUGCCGAAAAAAUCAAAACAGUUGCAUUGGACUUACCUGAAAUCCAAGGUAGUAUUGAAGAAGUGAGCAAAGAGAAAUGCUUAUCAGCAUAUAGUCAAGUGGGUGGACCGGUCUUAGUGGAAGAUACAGCUUUGUGCUUUAAUGCAAUGAAUGGAAUGCCUGGACCAUUUGUUAAGUGGUUUCUAAAAUCGACAGGUCCAGAAGGACUUUAUCGAAUGUUAACUGGUUUUAAUGAUUUUCGUGCAGAAGCUGUAUGUACCUUUGCUUACUGUAACAGCCUUGAAACUCCAGUGGAAUUAUUCACUGGUAUUACAAGCGGUCAUAUUGUUUCCCCACGUGGACCACGUGACUUUGGAUGGGAUUGUAUAUUUCAACCAGACGGUUAUACAGAAACGUAUGCUGAAUUAGAUAAAGCCACAAAAAACUCUAUAUCACAUAGAUAUAAAGCUUUGUUAAAAGUGAAAUCCUAUUUAUCAGUGCAUGGAAUAUAAGAAAACGGUAGCUUAUUUAUAUUAUUAAGCUAUCAUAAUCAUUUAAAAAGGAUAUAAUAUGGGAUUUUGAUGAAAAAAAGACAACCAACCAUGUAGAUUUGUACAGUACCUAUUUUGUUUACUCUUGAAUAUAAAUUAUUAUUAUUCUUUUAUACAUAGUAAUAAUAAUAACGGUGAUAAUAAUAAUAAUAAUAAACAAAGCUGUAAUUACCUUAUCAGUCUUCCUCUUUUG